CCCUAGAGGUGCGCCGGAUUUAUCAGUCGCACGUUUUAAGACUAAACAGACUACUUCAUGCGUUGUGGAUGUAAUUCAGAUUAAGCAAAACGUGUUAUGCCAUAAAUUCAUGGAAUUUAUAUGAAAGUGACUCAAUAAACCCUGCAAUUGAAUCAAGUUUCCUUAUCGGUGGAUUAUUUUACAUUUGGAAAAGUCUGUGGCGGAGUCUUAGAAAUUAUAUUAUUGCCCUACAGUCGGAAACUCUUGAACCGUUUACUUUCCGGGGGCUGUGGUUUGCAUGGAUCGCAGGAGCGCCGGACGUUAGGUGGUGUGCUGGUGCUUGUGGUGGUGGUGGUGGGUUUACGCUCGGCUCCAGUGACCGUUGAUCGUUUCGGCCGGUGAUGGCGGAGAUGAGCGCGCUGAUGCAGGGUGCAGAAAGCGCAGGAGCCGCCGGCUCUCUCCUGUUCCUGCCGCCGCUCGCCGAGACUCUCGCGUUGCUCGGAGACCAGCGAUUUCCGGCCGAGCGCCUGUCCCGCAGCACACCAGCCGACCUAGUGCACUUAAAGGGCAUCCUGAGGAGAAGACAGCUUUACUGCAGAACCGGCUUCCACCUGGAAAUCCUACCGGACGGCAUGGUGCAGGGCACGAGGAAAGACCACAGUCGCUUUGGUAUUUUGGAAUUCAUAAGCCUUGCAGUUGGAUUAAUCAGCAUCCGAGGAGUGGACAGUGGCCUCUACCUUGGAAUGAAUGACAAGGGGGAACUUUAUGGCUCUGAGAAACUGACAGCAGAGUGUGUCUUCCGGGAACAGUUUGAAGAGAACUGGUACAACACAUAUUCCUCCAACCUCUACAAACAUGGUGAGAAGGGGGCACGCUACUAUGUGGCUCUAAACAAGGAUGGAACACCACGAGAUGGGACAAAGUCAAGGAGACAUCAGAAAUUUACACAUUUUCUUCCCAGGCCAGUAGACCCUGAUAAAGUACCUGAACUUUACAAAGAAGUUUUGGGACACAGCUGAGGUCAGCAUGCUUGGGAUCUGAAGGGAAAUAAGUCUCUUAAACCAUGUUCUUAUCAUAAAGGAACAGGAGACAUGGAUGGAUGUCUUGUAGUCAAGGUACACCUGGCAGUGCCUGAAAGAUGACAUGGUUGCUUGCUUCAGGAUGCAUAGACCAGAAAUGAUGCUGAAGUGCUCUGUCCUGGUCAUUUUCCUAAGUUAUGCAAGCUACAGAAGGCGUCUGAGAGUCCAUGGGCCUAAAUGAAACUAUUUAGCAUUUGGCAUGCUGCUGAAGAUUAACAAGAGAGCAUGUACUGUUUGAUUCUGGAAAAUACAAUUUUAUGACUUAUUGAUUGGCUUUGGAGAAAACUGAAGGAACAUUACUUAUGUGAUGUGCUAAAAUGUCAAGAUUGAAAGCUGUGGAGAUACAUAACACAUAAGCAGAAUAUUAUUUAUACAGUUCACAUUACAUAUAUUUAUUUUAUGUAUUUAUUUAUUUGAUAAUAUAUAUUUUUUACAUCUAAAUGUAGACUUAUCUAAUUAGAUACACUGUAGAAGGUGCCUUAAGAUAUUAUGAAAUCAGAUGUGUUCAUAUUAUGGAAGUGCAUAAUAUUAUAUUAUACUGUCACUAUAAUAUGAUAUAACUGCUUUUUCUUUUUUCGAAAACAUGUAAAAAGAUUAGUUCUAAAAAAACUUUUCAAGAAGGUCCAAAAUGAUUCUGUCAAUGGUUUGGGAUUAUGUUUAAAAUGCACCUGUCAUAUCUUUUUUAUUUCCCCAGAAUUUAAUCUGUCUAGAAAUAUGUAAUUGAUAUAUCAAUGAAAGCUUUGAAAAGUUACACUUUUAACAGGAGAAAUAUUUCCUUAAUAUUAUAUAUGUUCUUUGUUUGUGUUUUGUGGCCCUGGUUAUGCUGUGAACAAAAUGUCCAGCACAACUCGUCAACUUCAAAGCUCCUUUUAGAGAACUUCUCAUGUAACAACCUCCCAAUGACAAGAUCAGGGUGAAAUAAAAACUGAACCUUAGCUGCAGUCUAGUGGUUUGGCAGUCUUGCACAAAAGGGGUCAAACUGAUAAGUAUUAAGCUGUCUCUGCUGACUAUUUUGGAACAAAGAAAAGGUUUAUAUAACCACUUAAGGACAUAUCAGUAACUACUGGUGUCUUACUGAAAUAUUAAUCAAGGAAGGUAAUCAUUUGUCUUUCAUUAUAUCUGUGACAUAAGUGUCUUGUAUUAUGGUCUGAGAGCGAGAUUAAUUGUCUGUACCAGCAUUUGCAAUUAAACCAACUGUCACUUAGACAAUAUGAGAUUUAGAUACCUCAGGCUCACCUUCUUUUUUUCUGACUGUGUUUGAAUGGCUCAAUGAGCAAUUUCCACAACAAUGAGCAAAAAAGCAUAUCAAGCUACAGUUUCCGUAAUGCUUGGAUGAAUAUUUGUGUCGAAGCAUGAAAGCUGUGCUGUGUGAUCUCAGCAUCUCUGUGAUGGUGAGCCAGAGGCUGUCAUGACAAGGGAGUCAACGUGGUGCCAACCUUUAUGUGAUACUGCGGGAUUUUCCCCUCUAAAAACUUAUAACAAGGAACAGUGUAUGGAGGUGAGAAAGAGACAGCCAGUAGAAACAAAAAUGGGUUUAGAUAUUAUAGGGCUUUUAAUGGGCAAAUAUUGCUGUUAUUUUAGCUCUAAAGGUUUUUAGAAAGGCUGUGCAACAGCUACUAUCUUUGCAUCAGCAUAUUGAAUUUUGAUAUACAGCUUAAUAAAAAUUUUUUUUCGUUUUUCUAUGCAUGUCAAUAUUUACACCAAAAAGGAAAAAAAUGUUUUAAUACAUCACAUGUAUUCAGUGUCACAUUUUGGUUUAUGUGGAUGUUGGUGUGUGUAAGA